CCCUCUAAAGUACGAGCAGUUACGUCGAUUGCGUCAUGACGUAGUAGCGGCGCCGCGCGUCAUCGUCUUCAACGCAGCGCGGGAGAUUCAGGAGACGAGAGGCUCCGCGCCGUGGACUCUGCGCACCGGAGAAGCUUCCGGUGUUUUGUGCAAAGAUGCCUUGCGAGAGGAAGCCGAUGCGCUACGGGCACUCGGAGGGACACACCGAGGUCUGCUUCGAUGACUCUGGGAGGUUCUUGGUGACCUGCGGGAACGACGGAGAUGUUCGCAUCUGGGAGGGUCUGGAUGACGACGAUCCCAAGUUCAUCACCGUGGGGGAGAAGGCGUACUCUCUGGCGCUCAAGAACGGCAAGCUGGUCACGGCGAGCUCCAACAACACGGUGCAGAUCCACACGUUUCCUGACGGCGAUCCGGACGGCAUCCUGACCCGGUUCACCACCAACGCCACGCACGUCGCCUUCAACAGCAGCGGCUCCAGGGUGGCUGCCGGCUCCAGUGACUUCAUGGUGAAGGUGGUGGAGGUGUCGGACAGCAGCCAGCAGAAAACGCUGCGAGGCCACGAAGCGCCCGUCCUCAGCGUGACCCUUGACCCCAAAGACGACUUCCUGGCGUCCGCCAGCUGCGACGGCUCCGUCGCGGUGUGGAACAUCGAGGAGCAGUCCCAGCUGAUCCGCUGGCCGCUGCUGCAGAAGACCAACGACGUCAGCAACGCCAAGUCUCUGUGCCGGCUCGCCUGGCAGCCCGCGGGGGCAAAGGCUUUAGCGGUUCCCGUGGAGACGAAGGUGCACCUGUACGCGCGGGGCUCCUGGGAUCUCGCCAGCACGCUGUCUGAUGACCUGCAGACGCAGCUCAUCAACGUGGUGGCCUGGUCUCCGUGCGGUCGCUUCCUGGCGGCGGGCGGCGUGGGCGGCUCGCUGACGGUGUGGGACGUGACCAGCGAGCUCUGCGUGGAAAGGCAGAAGCACGAGAAGGGCUUCACGGUGUGCGGCCUGGCCUGGAGUCCUUCAGGCAGCCAGCUGGCCUACACAGACACUGAGGGCUGCCUGGGUCUGCUGGACGGACUCGGCUCCUCCUCCUCCACCUCCUCCUCCUCCACCUCCACCAAGCCGGCGAGGAAAGCAGCCGAAGACUACGACGACCUGUUUGACGACGACGACGACGGCCGGCUCAUGGACGAAGGCCUGAGCGACGGCAACAACUCGCCGGUCAAGAAACCCGUCGCCGGGGACGACGAAGACGAUGACGAUUGCCUGAUGCCGGCGACGGGGCGGCCGAGGAACCGAGGGGCGGUCCUGGACGACGAGCUCUCGCUGGACGCCGGCUCGCUGAAGUUUGGUCGGGACAAAUUUGGGGACGACGACGACGACGGCGGCAGCAGCGCCGUCACGCCGGCCGCCCCCCCGCCGGGGCCCCUUCGCCCCGUCUACGAGGGGCCCCUGCCGACGCCCCCGCAGAAGGCCUUUCAGCCGGGCUCCACGCCGGCUCACCUCACGCACCGCUUCAUGAUGUGGAACUCUGUCGGAAUCGUUCGCGGCUACAACGACGACCAGGACAACGCCGUCGACGUGGAGUUCCACGACACGGCCGUGCACCACGCCAUGCACCUCACCAACUCGCUGGGUCACACCAUGGCCGACCUCUCCCAGGAGGCCGUUCUUAGUGAGGAGGGAGGGACACACGCGCACAUCAAACCCUCAGAAUUGAGUCUGUCGGUGGAGCAGCCGGUAACCACGGUGAUGAUCAAUGAAGUCAAGAUUUGUUUACUGUCAUUUCACAACUUAAUCGAAGUGUUGUCCCCUCACGUGAGCUUCCCGUCUCCGUCCUCAGCCCCCGGCUUCGACGGGGAUCAGGCCCUGGGGGUCCAGCUGCUGCGGCUCGGGCCCAGGAAGAGGCAGCUCAUCCGCGGGGAAGCGCUGCCGCUGUCCCACCGGUCCCACCUGACGUGGCUCGGGUUCACCGCCGAGGGCACUCCGUGCUACGCGGACUCGGAGGGGGCGGUCCGGAUGCUCAACCGUUCCCUUGGCAACACCUGGACACCCGUGUGUAACACCGGGGAAACGUGCAAAAGCCGGUCGGACCACUACUGGGUGGUGGGGGUCCACGAGAACCCCCAGCAGCUCAGGUGCAUCCCCUGCAAAGGCUCCCGGUACCCCCCCACGCUGCCCAGGCCGGCCGUGGCCAUCCUGCCCUUCAAGCUGCCCAUGUGUCAGACCUCCACGGAGAAGGGGCUGAUGGAGGAGCAGUUCUUGCGUUCCGUCCUUUUCGAGAACCACUUUGGCUUCCUGUCGGCGAGCGGCUACGAGGUGGACGAGGAGGCUCAGACUCGCUCCCAGAAGGAGCAGCAGGAGCUGCUCAUGAAGAUGUUUGCACUCUCCUGUAAGCUGGAGAGGGAGUUCCGCUGUGUGGAGCUGGCGGAGCUCAUGACGCACAACGCGGUGACCCUCGCCAUCCGCUACGCCUCGCGCUCCCGCCGCAUGGGCCUCGCCCAGCGCCUCAGCGAGGUCGCCCUGGAGAAGGCCAACCGGCUCCAGCAGCAGCAGGAGGAGGAGGAGGAGGAAUCUGAAGAAGAGCCGGAGCACCCGGCCGCCGCCAGACGGCCUUCUGGGUACCAGGUGACGGGAGGACGCCGGAGCAACAGACCUGAGCAGGUGGAGCAGGUACCAGAGCCCGGGGAGGAGGAGGAGGAGGAGGAGCAGGCGGAGGAGAUGGAGCAAGACGAGGAACCAGAAACCAGAAAACGUGUGAAUCCGUUUGCCAAAGAAGCUGCUUCACCUGCGGUUUCACCUUCUCUGACACCAAUUGGUAAAGCCGGACGUGCGAAUCCCUUCAAGGUCUCCUCCUCCGCCUCCUUCUCCCCCUCGGCGGCGGCGCCGCCUCGCGGGACCAACAUCCUGGACAACAUGGCGUCCGGCAGGAAGGCGUCGCCGCUCGCCGGCUCUGCGGGGAAAGCAAACAAAGGCCCCGUCCUCAAACCGCUGCCCCCCCGACCCAGAAGCAAGACUCAGUCCACUCUGCUGCAGAUGACGAGCUCCAAGAAGAAGACCCAGGGGAUCACGCAGAAGCAACCUGAAGCCCCGCCUCCAGCCCCGCCCCCAGCACCGCCUGCAGACAGCGGCGAAAACGAGAGGCCGAAGACGGGCUUCCAGCUGUGGCUGGAGGAGAACAGGAAGAGCAUCUGCGCCGACCACCCCGAGCUGGAGGAGACCGAGGUCAUCAAGGAGGCCAUGGGGCGCUUCAGGACGCUGUCAGCAGAGGAGCGACUGUCGUGGACGGAAAGAGCAAAAAGCCAAACAGGAGAAGCAGCCGACCUGAAGAAGAGGAAGCGAGGAGGAGGAGGAGGAGGAGAUGACGAGCGUGGAGCGGUAGAAGCAGAUGAAAAUGGUGCCAAGAAGAAGAGAUCUUUGGAUCCCUCCGCCAAGCUUUCAGCGUUUGCUUUUAACAAAAACUAACUUUUAGAUCCUCGACGUGUCCGUGCUGCUGAUUCUGUUCUUUGAGGCACUCCGAAGGUUUAAAGAGGCCUUCGGUUAGUGAUCAGCUGGACCGUCAUCUCUUCCAUUCGUGGUGUUUCUUCUGUGUAUUUUAAAAGUUGAAUAAAUGUAGAUGUUUGUUGGUUUACUUUACUCAA